AUGCCUUUUUUGCCUAUGGCUGCUUUAAUUUUGAUAUAUAAUGGUGUUCAGCUUCAGGUCGGGCAUCAAAAUAAAAGGCGAGAAGCAUUUAAACGUGCUCAUAUAAGUUGCUAGACGUGAUAACGGGCUGUAUAUUCUUUGCAUGUCGUCGAGAUCAAAAAGUUUGUACUGCUCGUAAGGAAAAUCUAAGUUAGUUCACAUCAUACAGGAGUAGAAACUCCUCUUCUGUAAUUAACCUUUCAUCUAAUGCAUAGAGCAACUGUUCUCGAACCUUCUUUAGGGACAUUUUUCCCUAAACAUUUAGUUUUGUGUCCGAGUCUCUCCGACUAUUUCGUUCACGCCGUACUCAGGGAUUGUUUUGGUUGCUAAAGUAUAUUUAUUUUCGCGGGCUUUUGCGCGGACGGCGCCUUGUAUCCCCAGUCCCCGCGCGAUCUAGUUCGCCGUAGCCGUCCUGAAAACCGUCGGUGCUAAAAGUCCCUAGUGUAUACAUGACAGGAACACGCGCUGGAAAGUCUGAAAAUGUUUUUUUUUCGUUGCGAUACUUGACUCCAAAUAUUCCAAAAUGACGCCAAAAUUUGUGAAGCAGCAGUCACAGGGACUCCACUCAUUAUAAAUUUGCAGCCCUGGAUUCUUCCACAACGUUCACCAUGAUGUGGGCUGAUGCAAUAUAGUGCAAUCAGCCUCUAGUGUUACAAUCUCCUACAUGCACUUCCGGUAACUAAUUUUCGGUUACAGUUGAGUUUGUAUCCAACAGAUAUUAUUGCAAAGCUAAAGAGCAUAAACUUAUGUUUAUGUACUUUUAAGACUUCAACGUCUUUCGACGAACACAGUCUCUGAGGACUGAGUAUUGAAAAAGCUAAUGAAAAGGACAUCUCCAUACCUCUGCAACAGAGAACCACCAACACUCCUCAGCAAAACUCUCUGCUGACCUCGUGGUAGCCUGCGUAGCUGGCGGUAUUGUGUAGUAGCCGAGUGAGAUUUGGCGGCGGAGCCGUUGUAAUAUAGCCGAGUGAGAUUUGACGGCGGAACCGGGAGAAAUACCGCCUGCCAGAGAACCAUGAUUUUUCGAAUGCCGCCCACUUUUGUCACGUUAGCUGAUCCCAAUUAAAUCAGCCAAUCAAAGAGUAACCUGCAAUUUGAAACUUCCGAUUAUUUUCGCGCGAGACAGUUUAGAAAUAAGCGUUGACAGGCUAAACACGACUCCUAAGCUCGUGACAAUGUGAAACGUGACCUUGUGAGUUUGCUUGAACAGAGGUUUUUUUUUAUUUUCUCGGCUCUCGCUCGAAGGUUACUAGCACUACACAGUGCAUGUAUCAUUCUAAACUUUGACUGAGUAAAUCUUUUUUUGCAACACUAGGCUUAACAUUAAAAGGUCAUGAAGCUGGUUUGUUACAUGCAUACUGAGUAACCAUUUCCGGUGGUUUAUUCUUCUGUAGGUGUUCCUGAUAGGAUUUGAUCUCAGAUGCAGUUGUAAAGUGUUUUAAUUUUCUUUGACCUUUGUUUCUUACGGCUAAAUUAAGACAAUUCCAGCGCUGUGAAGUUUAAAGACGCCAUUUCGGCAAUUUGGUCAUCAAUUAUGCUCUUUCUAAAGCGGAAAUCACAAUCACUUUACAUGUACGUCUUCUCCAGUUUGCCAUCUGCUCCCUAAAUUGGGAAAUAUACGCGAAGGCUCAUCUAACAUGAUUGACAUAUGUAUGGCCCUCGACCAAUCCGUUUCCCCGCACACUGGUGUGCGGACCAUUCAAAAUACCGGGGUUUUCUGGCAGGCGGUAUUUCAACCGCCUCGUCCCUACUCCUUUUUUUUGGAACACGGCUCCGCCGCCAAAACUUUUAUCUCGCACCCACACAAUACCGCCAGCUACGCAGGCUAACCUCGUGGUUGCUGAGCUCGUGUGAAAACGAGGUGGCCCAUGGCCAACUUCCACCAAAGUUACACGAAGCAGUUCGACCGUAAACGAAAACGUAAUCUUGUCAUGAAAACAACGUAAUCUUUGCAACAGGAUUUUAGGCUAUUUCAUGCCAAAAAAUGCACUGGACGCUCUCAAAAAAUAUAAAAUGUAUGUAAUAGUGUUAUAUUAGCACCAUAAUUCACCCAAUUUUCACGCUAUUUAUGGAAGGGCUGAUUCUAGUAACCGGAAAUGAAGAAUUUGCCAAGCGGUGGCGAUCUCAAAAGUUGACACGACAUCCGAGAAAAGCGGAGUGAAAAUGACGAAAUCGUGUAGCGUGGACCAAUCAGAAUCGGCCUGCGUGAAGAAGGCUGUCCAAUCAGCGAGCUACACGCGUGGUAGCGAGCGAAAUAUCAACCGGCUCGAGAACUUUUCGUCAAGAAUUUUACUGUAGUGUUCUUGUUAGUGGAGAUUGUCACCGGUUUUUCUGUAAGAAAUUAUAGGACGGAUUUUCAUUAUGAAGUCGAUUUGCACAUUUUGUGCUCUGGCCCUAGCCAGCAGUUUACUCCUAGUUAGUGGUGAAGACAAGAAAGAUGAAAAAGCUGAUAAAAAAGAUGUAGGAACUGUAAUCGGUAUCGAUCUUGGAACGACGUAUUCUUGGUAAGUACACAUCAAUUUGUUCAACCGGUACCCAUGUACCCAUGUCCAGAGUAUCUCGUACGUCAAAUUCUGCGCGACUUACAGUCAUGUCAGACUGUUUCGCAAUGGUUUUAACCGCUGGUUUUUACUGUGAUUCCCGGGCUCAUAAUGUUCGGAAAGUUCGAGUGGUGAAAUACAUAGUUGUUUAUGGUCAAAUAAAAGCCGCUGAUCAAAAGAAGAAAGAAAAGCUAAGGAAAGAAAUAAGCUUUCGACCAUGAGGUUUUUGAGACAAUUUAGAUGAUUUUUGGCACAGAUAUUGCAGAGCGAAGGUCUUAGAUUUAAGCCGUGUAGUAGAAGCGUAUUUAUAAAUAGAAUUAACCCCAAAUUCUUUAAACGUGGGGCUUCGCUUCCUACCCUAAUCAUAGCUUCUUUUCGCGUGCAAAUCAUUUUAUUUACGCUGUGGCCACAAGGCCGGUAAGCGGUCAAGGUUUUCAAGGUUUUCAAUAAAUUUGACUUAUCCAAGAAUCCCAACCAACCCAAACUAUCAUAUGUCGAUUAAGAAAAGUCAAGCGAUCCUGAAACGCUUUAUAGAUCUCAAGUUUAGCCUUUGGCUUACGCUGAGCUCAGAAAACGAAACCAUGUUUCGUGACACUUGGCGGAACUUUUUUCAGCUUCCUCUUUCCUCUUUCCUCUUUCUCCUUUCCCGACUUAUCUAGGAAAGAUCGAAGGACUCUGCUAGCAGGGUAGACUGGCGGUCAUUGAGUGUUUUGACAAUCUUGACCGGCAGUCGACCCGGAAAAUUCUAAGUGUCACAAAACAUGGUUUUGUUUUCUGAGCCCAUCGAAACCAAACGCUAUAGACUUGAGAUUUAUAAAGCAUUUUAGGAUCGCUUGACUUUUCAUAAUUGACAUAUGAUAGUUUGGAUUUGUUGGGAUUCUUAGAUAGGUCAAAUUUAUUUAAAAUACCGGACUGCCGCCGCGUCAUUUAGUGUUUUGAAAACCUUGACCGGUUAGCAGCCAUAUAGCCACAGCGUUUUAUUUACCAGUUAAAGACGAUUUAGAUUGUUUCUUUGACACUCGGUGAAAUAAAAUCCAUAUUUUCUUUGGUUUGUCUGACUUGAAGUGAGAUCCACCAUUUCAAACUUGGUUAUAAUUAGAUUAUUUGCAUUUUGCCGGUGAUGGCUGCUCUUUAAAUUUUCUGCAUCGCUAUUUAACUCGAUUAUUUUUUAUUAAACUUGAGGAGUUCUGUGUCUUUUACAGUGUUGGUGUUUUCAAGAAUGGACGAGUUAAAAUCAUUGCAAACGACCAAGGAAACCGAAUCACUCCAUCUUACGUGGCUUUCACUCCAGAAGGGGAACGAUUGAUUGGUGAUGGAGCAAAAAAUCAGCUGACCACGAAUCCAGAAAACACUAUUUUUGAUGCCAAACGCUUGAUUGGUAGAACAUGGGACGAUAAAUCGGUUCAAAAGGAUUUGGAGUUUUUUCCCUUUAAAGUAAUCGAAAAGAACAAGAAGCCCCAUGUUCGUGUAAACGUGAAAGGAGAACACAAGACUUUUGCUGCUGAAGAGAUUAGCGCCAUGGUUUUGAGUAAAAUGAAGGUAAGAUAA